AUGCCGUUCCACAAAGGCUGGCUCCCUCGCGAAGGGUUCACGUCGGACCCGGUGCUGAGCUUGAUCGGCAAGACCGCAUUUAACCCAGCAUUGCUACUGCCUGUUUUGCUGCUGGCCAAGUUCACGAAGAAGGGCGAGGACAUGUCUAUACUCCACUCGCUAGCAUUCUCGAGGGUCAAGACUUUGUUCUACAUUGGUCUGGCCAAGUGGCUGAGCGCCUACUACUCAGAAGGGGUCGUGAAUAACUGGACUAAGGACAAGUACGACUGGCCGAAUGAGAUUGCAGUCGUCACCGGUGGAGCUGGUGGGAUUGGUGGCCAUGUCGUCCAAUUGCUUGCCGAGCGAGGCGUGAAGGUUGUGGUGUUGGAUAUCCAGGACCUAACUUACGAAGCUGGCCCCAAUGUCCACUACUACAAGUGCGACCUGACCAACACGUCCGACGUCAAGAAGGUGGCCGCCAAGGUGCGCGCCGAGGUGGGCGACCCGACGAUCCUGGUGAACAACGCGGGCAUUGCGCGGGGCAAGACGAUCCUGGAGACGACGGAGAAGGACCUCAAGUUCACGUUCGACGUCAACACGUUCGCGCACUUCUACACGGUCCGCGAGUUCCUGCCGGCCAUGAUCAAGCGCGACCACGGCAUGGUGGUGACGGUGGCCAGCUUCGCGGCGUGGCUGACGGUGCCCAACAUGGUCGACUACGGGGCGUCCAAGGCGGCGGCGGCGUCGUUCCACGAGGGCUUGUCGGCCGAGCUCAAGACGCGGUACCGGGCGCCCCGCGUGCGCACCGUCGUCGUCAACCAGGGCUACACCAAGACGGCCCUGUUCACCGGCUACCACAACGACUCGCCCUUCCUGGUGCCCGCGCUGCAGCCCGAGAGCGUGGCCGAGGCCAUCGUGCGCCAGAUCCUCACCGGCAAGAGCGGCCAGGUCAUCACGCCCGCCUUUGGCUCGACGCUGCAGUCGCUCCGCGCCCUGCCCCAUUGGUACGGCUAUAGCCUGCGCGCCAAGGGCGAGAACAUCAUGACCAACUUCAGGGGUAGGCAGGUGGUCAAGGAUUUGGACACCCAUUAUGAGGGUAGGGAUAAGGAGUCUGUGGAAGAGAGCGCUGUGUUGGUGCCCGAGGAAAAGUCAAGGAGAGGGGAGUAA